AUUUCUUCCGGUGAGGUCGCGCGGAGAGGGGGUGUUCUGUCCCUCGUGAACUCGACCGGUGUUGGCCGUGAUUCAAAAUUCACCUGUCAGCUAUUAGGACCUAAAUAGCUAAGCAAGCGGAUCCAUUCGUCGCUGGGUCCGACUGCGGCAGGGCGAAGACUCAGGAAGGCCUAGUCCAAGUCGCUGCAGUUGGAGUUGUGUGGUGAAGCCUCAUCAUGAAAUCGGUGACUUGUUCGGGUCCGGUAAAUAUCGCGGUGAUUAAAUAUUGGGGCAAGAAGGAUGAAAAGCUGAUAACUCCAUUGAACGACUCGAUUAGUGUAACGCUAAGCCAGGACGAGCUACGUGCCAAGACCACCGUGACACUGAGCGAGACCUACGCGGAGGAUAAAAUUUGGCUGAAUGGCAUUGAGGAGCCCAUCAGCAACCCGCGUCUGCAGGCCUGCCUGCGUGAGAUCCGUGCUCGCGCGCAGACUCAGCACGGCUCGAUCCCGGCCGGCUGCGUGCAGAUCGUCUCCGAGAACAACUUUCCGACUGCCGCCGGGCUGGCGUCGUCGGCCGCCGGAUAUGCGUGCCUCGUGUUCGCCCUGUCGCGUCUGUAUGACGUGAGCGGUGAUAUCAGCGCGGUGGCACGUCAAGGCUCCGGCUCUGCCUGUCGCAGUGUGCUGGGCGGCUUUGUGCGCUGGCGAGCCGGUGAGCGGCCUGACGGCACUGACUCCUUGGCCGAGCAGGUCGCGCCGGCCAGUCACUGGCCGGAUCUGCACUGCCUCAUUCUGAUCGCCUGUCAUGACCGUAAGAAGGUGGCCAGCACAUCCGGUAUGAGCCGCACCGCGGAGACCUCCGAGCUGAUGCGCGCGCGUCUGGAGGGACUUCCAGCUCGCCUGACUGCCAUCACUACCGCAAUCGAGCAGCGCGACUUCCCGGCAUUCGCCGAGCUGACGAUGCGAGACAGUAACCAGCUUCACGCCGUCUGCCAGGACACCUACCCACCGAUCCGAUACAUGACCGACGUCUCACACGCCGUCGUCGAGACGGUGCACACCUACAACCGACUCCUCGGCGGCAUGCGCGCCUGCUACACGUUUGACGCCGGCCCGAACGCGUGCAUCUACCUCCCGGCGGCCGAAGUGGGGCCGUUCCUGGCGGCGGUGGCUCGCGUGUUUCCGCCGCCGGACCCGGCCUGCUGGGUGACGGGCCGGUCUGUCGAGCUGCCCCAGCUGCCGGAGGAGCUGGCUGCUGAGCUGCAGCCCCGUAUUCCCGGCGGGGUGCAGGGAGUCAUCCACACAGCGGUCGGUGACGGGCCCAGGCUGUUGGAGCAGACAGAGUGACGCGCUAACGGCGGCGGGAGGGAGGAGAGAGGGCCGGGCGAACGGAUGUCCGGUACGGCCGGUCGGCUGCACCGCGGCACACGGCUGGGCGGCAGACAGCGGGCGACCCGGCAAGCAGACACCGAGUUGCCAGCCUCGUCGUCGCAACUUUAAGAUCAAACAAUUUUUGAAAGUUGUAUCGGACUGAGCCCGGCAUCGUUCCCAGCUGUAGAACAAACCGUGACAAAUAGCUGCAGCUUUGUUUGACCUUUACCCGAACCUAGCUUGGCGCUCCCGUCAGGUAAACAGUGUACGGUGUAUUGUCAGCCAACUGUCCCGCUGUGCGCUUUGUUACGUUUUCUAAGAGGCUAUUUUUGCGCGACCGCAAUCGAUUUAUAUCGUUGUUUUUACGUUUUUCGCUCGUGCCGAACCUAUGGCGUUAGCUGUGUCGUUAAUCGUUACGCCCUAAUGAGUAUCGUUGUUACGCGGAGUAUUAUUGAGGUCCCGGGCUGGGCGGACCUCGGGUGUGAACACCGACUCACUUGCCGGGUAUUGUUGCAUGACAUGGCGGUCCGAUGUACGCGGACGAUUGGUGGUGGCUGACUCAUGCGCGCUUUCCUUGCCACACGAACAAAGCUUCCUAUCGUGCUGACUGUUGAUUUUUAAAUAGACAGUUCCAGUUCGUGUAAUAAAUAAACUGAACGCUCA